UAAUAGCAGAAUAUAUAAAAUGAAUUCAAAUAACCUCCAAAAAGACCCAGAGACCUUCACUUCUGCUCCUACUUAUUCAAUAACCACCUCUAGAAGUCUCUGAGAGAAGCUAGCUUCUUCUAUGACUUCUGAGGAGUUUAGGUGUCGUACUGGAAUUGUGCUUGGUUUUAGCUCUCAAAAGAGCAACACUAAAUCCAUCUUAAAUUUCAUCCUUACUCCAGACCCAGAAAUUGAGCUUGAAGAAGUCGAACAAAAUAAAAGAUUAGGCAAUGCUGAAGAAGAUGACGUAUUUAGAGAUCUUGAACUUCCUGAACUUCUUGAUUUCACAGUUGAUGAAGUCACCUAUCAUGAGUGGUUCAUUGAACAUGUUGCCAGAAUUGUCGAAAUGGCACCAGCAGGGAUUGAUAUACUUGGAAUUUAUGUUUACUGUUCACAACUGGAAGACAUCAGCAAGAUUAGUGGGCUCAUAAAAGAGCUCCGAACAAGAUUCUCCCUUGAUCGAAAUCAAACUCUUUGCUGUGCCCAAGUAAAAGGCCAUAAAGAUCUCCUAGGGUUUUAUUUAGAUGAGCAGUGGGAAGUUGACCUCCAGAGUAAUGUCAAAGUACAUUACGAUGACAGAGCUUAUGGUAUCCUUAGAGAAAUCAAUAUUAUCUUCAGACAUGAAUUUCUCUAUAGAAUUAGAGAGAAUGUAGGAGAAAAAUCUAAACCAAACCCAGAGAAUAAACCUGUUGGUCUUGAUUUUGCUGAAAUAGUCAAGAUGACUAUUGAUCAAAUAGAGGAACUGAUUCAAAACUCUAUCUAUUUUGUUCAGAGUAAACACUGAGUCAGAGCAACAGAAGAUUCAAAGACUUUUGGAGCAAUCACAGAUGAAACCUAUAACUUGGAGGAAGACAUAGAUUUUAUGAACAUAGAGCUGAUGACUCCACGUGUGAAGACAAUUCUUAAUCCUGAAGUUUCUCCUAAGAAAGAAACUAUCACUUUUAGUGGGUGUGUUCAUUCUAAAAUCUACCUUAACCUUGAUUGGACUGCUUUGGACCUGACAAAGGCAAUGACUUUAGAUAUCAAGAGAUCUUUGGAUGCUAGAAUACAGUUAAUGAAGGAUGAAUCAGAGAAAUCACAGUGUAACAUAGAUCCAUGUCUGAUCACAGAAGAGAAUGCUCCACGGUUGCAUAGUAUCUCGGUACUAUUUCCACAAAGAAUAUACCUCCAGUCCUCCCUGCUUCAGUACAGUGAUCAUGCCUUAAUCUGGGAGCAAGACCACUCUGUUCAAAGGAGAUGAAGAAGCCUCCUCAAUUUUAACCCCAAAAUUGAGAGGCUAGAGUACAUCUCAGAGCAACAGAGGAAGGAUAAGAUCUUCAGAGUUGAAGCAUUUGAGACUAAAAACAGAAAAAUUCAAGAAAAGGUUAACAAAAUGAACGCUGAGGCUGAACAAAAGUUGAAGGAAAUCAAGGAGCAUGACCAAUGGGUUGCUAGAAUGCAGCUAUAUACAUGCUUGAUCCUCUUCGUCCUUACCAUUGGAGCCUACAGCUAUGUCUAUUUAGUACUGGAUUAAGAUAUAUUUCAGCACCCAUUGUUCACAGA